CGAGGCAUGAGCCACCGAGCCCACCGACCAGAUGGAUGUUUCUGUGCAUGCUUUUGAUGAAUGCUUUCUGUCUCAGCCUGUGCCCAGGGCACCUUCAAGCCCCUGUCAGGAGAAGGGUCCUGCCAGCCAUGCCCAGCCAAUAGCCAUUCUGACACCAUCGGAUCAUCCAUCUGCCAGGGCCGCAUCGGGUACUUCCGGGCACACACAGACCCCCGGCGUGCACCCUGCACCACCCCUCUUUCGGCUCCGCGGAGCGUGGUUUCCCGCCUGAACGGCUCCUCCCUGCACCUGGAAUGGAGUGCCCCCCUGGAGUCCGGUGGCCGAGAGGACCUUACCUACGCCCUCCGUUGCCGGGAGUGCCGACCCGGAGACUCCUACGUGCCCUGCGGGGGAGACCUGACCUUUGACCUCGGCCCCCAGUACCUGGUGGAGCCCUGGGUGGUGGUUCAAGGGCUACGUCCUGACUUCACCUAUACCUUUGAGGUCACUGCAUUGAACGGGGUAUCCUCCUUAGCCACGGGGCCCGUCCCAUUUGAGCCUGUCAAUGUCACCACCGACCGAGAGGUACCUCCCGAAGUGUCCAACAUCCGGGUGAUGUGGUCCUCACCCAGCAGCUUGAGCCUGGCCUGGGCUGUUCCCUGGGCACCCAGUGGGGCUGUGCUGGACUACGAGGUCAAAUACCAUGAGAAGGGCGCCGAGGGUCCCAGCAGCGUGCAGGUACGGGCGCGCUCUGAGGCUGGCUACGGGCCCUUCGGCCAGGAACAUCACAGCUAGACCCAACUGGAUGAGAGCGAAGGCUGGUGGGAGCAGCUGGCCCUGCUUGCGGGCACGGCAGUCGUGGGUGCGGUCCUGGUCCUGGUGGUCAUUGUGGGCGUUCUCUGCCUCAGGAAGCAGAGCAACGGGAGAGAAACAGAAUAUUCAGACAAACAUGGACAGUAUCUCAUCGGGCACCAUACUAAGGUCUACAUCGACCCCUUCACUUAUGAAGACCCUAAUGAGGCUGUGAGAGAAUUUGCAAAAGAGAUCAAUGUCUUCGUCAAGACUGAAGGGGUGAUUGGUGCAGGUGAGUUUGGCGAGGUGUGCCGGGGGCGGCUCAAGGCCCCGGGGAAGAAGGAGAGCUGUGUGGCAAUCAAGACCCUGAAGGGUGGCUACAUGGAGCCGCAGCAGCGCGAGUUCCUGAGCAAGGCCUCCAUCAUGGGCCAGUUUGAACACCCCAAUAUCAUCUGCCUGGAGGGUGUGGUCACCAACAGCAUGCCCGUCAUGAUUCUCAUGGAGUUCAUGGAGAACGGCGCCCUGGACUCCUUCCUGCGCCUAAAUGAAGGACAGUUCAGGGUCAUCCAGCUUGUGGGCAUGCUGUGGGGCAUCGCCUCGGGCAUGCGGUACCUUGCCGAGAUGAGCUACGUCCACCAAGACCUGGCUGCUCGCAACAUCCUAGUCAACAGCAACCUCGUCUGCAAAGUGUCUGACUUUGGCCUUUCCCGUUUUCUGGAGGAGAACUCUUCCGAUCCCACCUACACGAGAUCCCUGGGAGGAAAGAUUCCCAUCCGAUGGACCGCCCCGGAGGCCAUUGCCUUCCGGAAGUUCACUUCCGCCAGUGAUGCCUGGAGUUAUGGGAUUGUAAUGUGGGAGGUGAUGUCAUUUGGGGAGAGGCCGUACUGGGACGUGAGCAAUCAGGACGUGAUCAAUGCCAUUGAACAGGACUACCGGCUGCCCCCGCCCCCAGACUGUCCCACCUUCCUCCACCAGCUCAUGCUGGUCUGUUGGCAGAAAGACCGGAAUGCCCGGCCCCGCUUCCCCCAGGUGGUCAGCGCCCUGGACAAGAUGAUCCGGAACCCCGCCAGCCUCAAAAUCGUGCCACUGCCUGCCAGCCUGGGUAACAGAACAAGACCCUGUCUCUGAAAAAAAAUUUUUUUUAAUUAGUUGAAUAGGGUACUUCAUGCCUCCAGAGGUAGGAGGAUGGCUUGAGCCCAGGAGUUUGAGGCUGCAGUGAGCUAUGACCAUGCCACUGCAUUCCAGCCUGGGUGACAAAGAGAGACCAUGUCUCAAACAAGAAAAAAGAAAUCCUUCCUCCAAAGAAUCAUGUCCCCCUCCACCCAUAAACCUCACGCCUCCUAGCCCUGGCUUCGGGGUUUUGUUUUGUUUUGUUUUGUUUGUUUUUUUUGAUGCAGUGUC